UGUUGUCUGUGAAUAGUAAGAAGACGAUUAGCUAGCUUAGUGAGUCUGCCUUCUUGUAGUUUUUGUGUGUACUAACAGAGCAGGAACAUAAAGACAGCUAGAGAGAGGGAUAAAGAUUAAUGCAUGUAGCGAGAAAGAUAAUACUCUUGUUUGCCAGCCAGUUGGUGUGUACUUCGCGUAGACAUAGAGGGAACAGGCAAGGUCCAUCGACAGUGUGAAGUGAAGUUUCUACGAGGUGAUUGGCUUGUGCUGCAGACCAGAGAGAAGUUCUGCCCUGCGUUGCCAUGGCGAUGCGGGAGCUUGUGGAGGCAGAGUGUGGGGCAGCCAAUCCCCUCAUGAAGCUGACCAAUCAAAUGACCCAAGAAGGUGGGGCUUGGAGACACAGGGCAACUCCCACUAUUCCCCCCACUCCAAUUGAAAUUGCAACUGAAGAAGAGUUGGUGAAUGAGUUCCUGCAGGCCCCUCCACGGCCCCCUCACAGCUUCGACAUGGGCCAACUGCUGGAGGAAAUGCAGCAGAUUGAUCAGCAGACAUACAGACAAGCCCCACAGAGAGCUCCAGGGGUGGCAGCCUUGGCACUAUCAGGUGAUUGGGCUGCAGAGUUUUUGUCUGGCCCUGACUCCGCCUCUUCGCCUGGACAGCUCGGACUUAGUGAUGUCUCUGACACUGAUUGGACCAGAGAGUUUAUCACUGAUGCCACAGACCCUGGACGCUGGGCAGAGGAGUACCUGGAACAGUCAGAAGAGAAGCUGUGGCUGGGAGAUUUGGGAGAGAGGGAGCAGGAAUCGGAGUGGACACAAGAAUACCAGCCAGGGGAGGAACUGAAGCAAACCGCCAAUGAGCUUCUCGCUAAAGUUGAUGACCCCAAAUUACAGAACACUGAAUUCCUGCGGUUUAUUAGGCAGAUCGGAGAGGGCACUGUGACAGUGGAAGACAGAGCAGGAAAGUUGGUCACAGAUAAAGCUCAGGCCAAGGAGGCACAACACUGGGCCUCUAACGUCAACCAGUUCCUGGAGGAGACGGGGGGAGGGGCUGUGCAAGUGGAAACUCAAGAGGGGAAAGAGAAGAGUGACAAAAUUAAGGCUAAACAUGCACAGCAGUGGGCUACUGUCGUCAGGCAGGUGUCUGCGGAGUCUGUGGAAUCUUGGGUAGAUGAGUUCACCACCUCAGGUCCUGACUUCCAGCAGGCCAAAGCUGCUGUCGAGAGUGAUAUUGACUUUUGGGAGAAGCUGCAGCAGGAGUGGGAGGAGAUGGCCAAGCGCGAUGCUGAGAGUCACCCAUGGCUAUCUGAUUUUGACCAGCUGCUGAGCACCUCCUAUGACAAGGGUUACCAGUUUGAGGAGGACAACCCCUACCUGUCACAUCAGGACCCGCUGAACGAGGGCGUGCGGCGAAUGGAGGCAGGGGAUAUCCCAGGAGCGGUACGACUCUUUGAGAGCGCUGUGCAGCGGGAGCCCGACAACCAGCUGGCAUGGCAGUAUCUGGGUACUUGUCAGGCUGAAAAUGAACAGGAAUUUGCUGCUAUCAGCGCCCUCCGCAGGUGUAUAGAGCUGAAGCAUGACAAUCUGACAGCUUUGAUGGCGCUGGCCGUUAGUUUCACCAACGAGUCGUUGCACAGGCAGGCCUGUGAGACACUGCGUGAUUGGCUGAAGUACAACCCAAAGUACCGCCACAUUCUGGAGCAGUCGGAAAGAGAGCGAGAAAAAGAUGGCGGGAGGGAGAGGGAGAAGGAGAGGGACAGAUUUGGAUCACUACUUCCAGAGUCCCUGUUCGCCGAGGUGCAGUCUCUCUUCCUGAGUGCCGCUGCUUCCGAGCCAUCCCGAGUGGACCCCCAGCUUCAAUGCGGCCUGGGGGUUCUGUUUAAUCUGAGCGGGGAGUACGACAAAGCCGUGGACUGCUUCACUGCCGCCCUUUCCGUCACUCCACAAGACUAUCUGCUGUGGAACAAACUCGGUGCCACCCUGGCGAAUGGAAGCCGGUCGGAGGAGGCCGUCGCUGCCUACAGGAGGGCACUGGAACUGCAGCCAGGGUUUGUGCGCAGUCGAUACAACCUGGGUAUCAGCUGUGUCAACUUGGGGGCUCACAGAGAGGCUGUGGAGCACUUCUUGGAGGCCUUAUCUCUGCAGAGGCAGGCAGCUGGGGAGGGGGAGGGAGGUGCCGGGAAAGGAGCAGGAGCUGCGGCCACCAUGAUGUCGGACAAUAUCUGGUCUACAUUGCGCAUGGCGCUGAGCAUGAUGGGAGAGAGCUCGUUGUACGCAGCUGCUGACCGCCGCGACUUGGACACUCUCCUGGCUCACUUUUCCCGGGGGGAGGGAGAAGGAGGGCCUGACUGAGGCCGGGUGCUGGCAAAGGGAGGGGCGGCAGGUGAUCGAGUGUGAGUGCGCGGUGAAUGGCGGAGGAAAGGGAAGGUGUUUUGGAGAAAUGGACAGAGAGAGAGGGGAUAAGGAGCGUGAGGGCGUGUGAGAUUGAUUUGACACACUAGCUGGCUAAUGCACUAACAGAUGGGCAGAUGGACUGGCAGUUUCACAACCUGGCUGACUUGGACCUGCUUACGAACACAGUGUGCCAUCGUACGGAUGUGCUUAUUGAGAAAAGAUGGUUGACUUCCUGCCACGUUGCCAGCAUCUGGCUGAGAAAGAAGGAAUGGAUUAUGUUGAGUGAGACAAGAUGGGAAAAGAUUGAGAGACUGACAAUAUGGUGACGUGUACACUGGGAAGGUGUGCUAACUCUCUCCCUUGUGCUCUGUUAUUUACAAAAAUUGCUCAUGUUGUAAAAUAAUUUGCUCAAUUGUAAAUGCUUCCAGCUAUACUGUGUAUUGUAUCAUAAUUACUGUAUUAUUGUUUUCACGAGUAGUGCCGACUGUAUGGACGAUUACUGUAAUCUGAAGCAAUAAAGCUUUGAUUUAAAUUUAUGUGGUAUUAUUUAGUUGUGAUAAUAGCAGUAUUAAAAGAUCAUAAUAUGUUUUAUUUGCUAAAAAAAUAUGGUGAACAUGAAAAAAUUAACGUACAUGUGUAUGAAGGAGGGAACCGUAGGCCUAUAUGUGGU